ACUAGAACUAUGGAGCGUGACCAGCUACAGAAGGAGAUAGAAAGGCUGAAUUGUAAUAUCAAAGGGUCCUGUCCUGAAGGAUGGAGAAGGUUUGGCUGCAGCUGUUACUACCUCUCUACUGAGAAGAAAUCCUGGACUGAGAGUAGACAGGACUGUCUGGAGAGAGGAGCAGACCUGGUGAUCAUUAACAGUGAAGAGGAACAGGCAUUCAUCAAUGGGUUUGAAGCAGUCACUUUUGCCUGGAUUGGUCUGACUGACUCUGUUACUGAGGGGACCUGGAAAUGGGUGGACGGCACCCCGUUCUAA